AUGUCUCCAGGAUCACUAGACUCCGCUUUCGACAUGGACAAAUUCCAAUCGCGCACUCAACAUAUUGCUCGGGAUCCAUCGCCCGAUGCGCAGGCAAAUGGACGUGCCGAGACCGACUUUGCGGCUGUGGGGGCGGCUUUCUGGUAUCGAAGGGAAUCUGAACCCCGCCCUCGCUCUCUUGACCUCAGCGAGGGAGAGGAUAUUGCCCAAGAUCCCCUUCAGAUGACGAAGCGAGCCGAAUUGUUCUCCGAUGCAGACGCCGUGGUGGCCGGAAACACGGUGCCUAGCAGGUCGCCUGCAACUCCAACUCCGACCCAACCUCAUCGCGGCUCGUACAUACAGCUUUCCGACCUGGCCCAAGUUCGUAAGAUAAGGGAUCGAAAGGGUCAGACGAUACGAAGGCGAAACCAAGACACUACCAUCCACGGCCUCUCACGCUGCUCGGUCGAGUACCGACUUAUCGCGAACUCGCUGACAGAACUAGGCCCAGGAUCCCAAAGUUCAAUUGGCACGCCAGAUCGAAGACGUCGGACAUCCGACACUUCGAACGAUGACGGCGCUGGUGACGAGGCCCAUGGGGACGAUGAACUCGAUGGACGAGGCCGCAGCGCCACUCCUAUGCCGUACUUCCCGCAAAGCUAUACUCCAUCGCACCAUUCUCAACAAACACAGGAAGAGCACAGGGAAGGCCAGGGGCCACUCUCGCCAAAUCCUUGGUCAUCCAACUUUCUUUACAACUUGGACCAACAAGAAAGAACUAAGGCUCUCGAAGGCGCCGAUGCACAUUUUCCGGUUAAUAAACAGCCGCGGGCAGAACGAGCGUACCGUGAGGACGCACGUUCUGCGAAGGAGGAUUCUGCUUCGUGA